CCAUAGACUAAAUACUGAAAUAAUAUUCAGAUAAAUUGCAUGGAUGGUUUUCCUGGAAACGAACUUGGAGUUGGCGACCAACUUCAUAGUGUUGGUGCUAGUGGACGAGACCCACCAAAAAGUUUUACCAAACUGAAACCAAAGCCUGGGUCUGGUACAAAAAAGACCAAUAUCAAGGCACCAAAGCCUAAAAGAUCAGUUACCUGGUCUCCUGCUAGUUUCCUAAAGUAUGAAGAAAGCCUGGCAAAGCUAGGUGCUGAGCACGCAGCAACGAACAUGGCAGCCUAUUCGGAAGAAUUUAAGGAUUCUCCUCAACCUGGACUAAGCAUGCGAGCUGGCUCAUCUGAACCCAGAAUUCACCCAGCUGCUUCGGAACAUUCUCGCAGGCUUGCAACAUUUGGGAUAAGUUUGACAAACACUUUGAGUGAUGUGGUGAUUGUUUACCCUUGUUUAGUCUUACGCCGACAAUGCCAAGUUAACAAUGUUGGCCAACGAUAUCAUUAUACUCCUUUUACUAUAAUGGGAGUAGCGUUUAAUUUACAACGUAGCCAAGGCUUUACUUGUCUUUGGAAAGGCGUCGGAAGUUAUUUAAUGGUCAAUGCUCUCACCUUUGGUGUUGAAUCAGGUCUGAGUGAAUCAACGAAAAAGUUACCAAAAGAAGUUGACCGGCAUUCCAAGUUGAAAGACAUAGCUGGUCAUGUUUUAUUGAAAGCGUUGUCAGCAGGAUUAGUAAUGCCAUUUUAUUCAGCUCAUCUUGUGGAGAGUAUACAGAGUGAAGCAGCAAGUGAAACACCUGGUAUAUUUUACUUCAUAACGGAAGGUUUUUCACGAUUAUUUGGUUUCGCUGGUGUACAAAGUCGAAGAAUGCUACCCUUUCGUCAUUUACUUCUUCCUACUGUGCUUUAUUUUCUUUUGCGAUACAUUUUAACCAACUUGCUGCAAUUUAGUAUUCUAAGUGGAUUUCGUUUGCGAGAAAAGAGAAAGCAUGACCAAGCACUUAAUUCUGCCCAUCCCUUUUCACCCGUCGAUACAGCGUAUAUGUCAGUACCCAGUACUUCACGGCAGGCGGUGAACCAAGUCCCACUAACAACAACAAUAUCCACGUCUCGACAUGCAACAACGCAAUAUCAUCAAUUAUUAUCUAAUUUUAUUGCACAAGUUAUAACAGACGUAUUACUCUAUCCAUUUGAAACUAUUAUUUUCCGACUUCAUGUCCAAGGGACUCGUACAAUUAUAGACGAUAUGGACAGGGGUUCUGGUUUCCUUCCAGUUAGCUCAAGAUAUGAAGGUUGUCUUGAUUGUCUUUCUACUGUGGUUACGUAUGAAGGCAAAGGUGGACUUUACCGAGGAUUUGGUGCAUUAAUGUUACAGCAUUUAUUGAAGUUUUCAAUUUUGAAAAUUAUUCAUUUAUCGCUGCAAUUAUCUUCACCUACUAUAUAGAAGUCUUUAAAUAACAAAUUUAAUAAAUUUAUUUUCAUUGUAACAACAUAAGCAAGAUACAUUACAGUUCUCCCAAAAACCAAUUUCCGAACAGUCUUGUUCUAGAAAUCUAUCAUGUAAUGACUAUUUUGAAUACAUCUUUAUUUUGCACCAAAUUCAUAUGCUUAAUUUAGUCUGUUCUGUUUGUCAGAAUGAGCUAGUCAACUGCCUUGCAAUUUGGUAUAUUAUAGUGGUUAUUGAGCUAUUUCAUCACCUUUCCACUCUUUUGUGAUUAUACAAAGUCUUUCUACUAUGUCUUGCUCAAACAAAGAUAUCAGAUUGUUUACUUAUUUAUGUUUAUUAUAUGCAUGCAUUAUUGUGCUUUUGCUAUAAUCUAAUUUUAUUAUUGGCUGGCUUCAUUCCAACUUGGGAAGCAGUACGUAAUUCUAACAAUGAUUCUAUCACUUUAACAAUGGAUGUCCAUGUUAUAAAACAUGAAUAUCAAUAUGUUACAGACUUACAGUUAACUACAUUCUUGAGGAUAAAUUUAAAAGUACAGUUUAUGUUAGUUGGUUUAUUAGUGAAGUUUAUAUAUAUAUAGUCAUUAUUGAUUUUGAGAUCAACUUUAUAAUCAUUUUUUAUAUGGGCAUUAAUAAUUCAUUUGCAGUAAUUAUUAUUUAUAUUCUUCAAAUAGGUUUCUGGUCAUGACAAGCAUUUAAAAUUUUCUACCAAUGAUCUUGCAUAGAUGAAUUAAUCCAAUAGUUUUAA